CGUUGGAGCCCAGGGCCCUCUGGAACUGGCCUUCUGGUUCAGCCUCCUUCCCUCCCUCCCUCUCUCUCUGGGACGCGCUGGGGGAUCCGAUGACAUCACUAGCUGAGCUCUCCCCUCGCUCUCUCUCCCCUUGUAACUUCUGUUCUGGGAAGUGCUGCCAGGAAUAACCCAGUCUGUCUGCAGAGCAGAAGCUCCUAUCGCCCAGAAGGGAGGGAACACGAACACAUACACACACACAGAGGCACACACAGAAACACGAUCUAUAACCGCGGCUUCUCGAGCCCGUCUUUUAUAUGUACAUAUAUGUAUAGAUAUUUUUAACAAAUCAAGUCGACGAAGAGACGGAAGGAAAAGAGAAGGAGAAAAAGAGCUAAGCAAGAGGAAUGCUCUGUUUGCACAGAAACACACGAAUCAGACUGUCUUUGGCUGUUGGGAUAUCUCUGUCUCUAUAUAAAGCAAUGCAGCAAGACACCUCACUACAGACCCAGGCUUAGUAAGGGAGUAUCCAGAAAUGACACCCGGUCCGGUCAUCUUCAACAACAAGGGCGCCAGUUAGAAGGCUUUCCUUCUCGGUGACUCCCAGGUGCAGAAUAUUCUGAACAGCCAUUUAUAAACUGGAUUAAUGAAGCAAGUAGUCGCAGGACCAUUACUCACUUGCAUCUCUGACAUCAACAGAGAGGAAGCUUCAAGAUAAUCAUGUACAGUAGAUGCCAAGAAGAUGCAGGCCGCUGCAUCUUUUCGGGAGGACUGUCUAGAACCCUGCCUUAGUUGAUGAGCAAACAUAUCCCUCUGGAUCAUUCUUCUUCUGAAUGCUUAAUAACCAUGGAUAAUGCUCAAAUGCCACAACAAGUCUUGACGGAUGUAUAAUAAACUGUUCAGGGCCCUUCCUGCCAUGAACAGAACUGUGUGACAACUGACUUUUUCAACAUAGAGCUACAGAAGAUCUAAUGCCUAUAAGACUACUACGUGGAAAGUUCCACAGAGAAAGAGAAGUCUGUGAACUUGGAACAGCUCUGGAGAAAUGGGAGCAACUGAACUUUAAAAAAGCACAGCACUGGAUACGCUUCAUAUGCCUGAACAGCUUUCGAGUGAACUAGCACUUAAGACCUUGUGUGACAAAAUGGACUCUGGAGAUACAGCUGUAGGGCAAAAUGCUACCUCAAGGUCUGGAGAAACCGCUCAAGUACCAAGUAGACGGAGGCAGGAACAUUCAGCUAAGAUGAGCAUGCUUGGAAGCCUGGAAGGACAAGCACCAAGGGAUCCCGAGCACAGGGGAGACCUGGAGUCGUCUGCACACCUUUUUAGUUCUGGGAAAGUGGUGUCAACUAGCGAUGCUGCCCAGCAAGCCACAGACAAGCAAUACCCACAGCACCUUCCAAGUCCAUACUCUUGUCAGCAUUCACUUUCUUUUCCUCAGCAUUCGUUGCCACAAGGAUUCUUGCACAACCUCAAGCCACGCCAGAGCCUGGAAGGCCACAAAUGGCCGUUUCCUGGCCACCUGCAACCGGUUGCCUCUGAGGACUUAUUUCCAUUUCAUGUGCAUGGCCAUAGUGGGAGUUUCUCCAGAAAGAAGAUUUCCAGUCUGAACCCUACUUAUAGCCAGUAUUCUCAGAAGUGUAUAGAGCCACAAUCCGAAGAUGGUCAUAAGAAAGAACAUAAACCCAAAAAGCCUGGCAAGUACAUUUGUCCUUACUGUAGCAGGGCUUGUGCCAAACCUAGUGUACUUAAGAAACAUAUUAGGUCCCACACUGGGGAACGUCCGUACCCUUGUGUCCCUUGUGGUUUCUCGUUUAAGACAAAGAGCAAUUUAUACAAGCACAGGAAAUCGCAUGCUCAUGCAAUCAAAGCAGGAUUAGUACCUUUCACAGAGUCGGCUGUCUCUAAAUUGGACCUAGAUGCCAGUUUUAUUGAUGUGGAAGCAGAGAUACAUUCAGAUGGGGAGCAGAGUACAGAUACUGAUGAAGAAACUUCAUUACUUGUUGAAGGUUCUGACAAACUGAGCCCAGUUCCACAGAUUCCAUUGGACAUUACUAGCAGAAGUGGCUUUCACCCAUCCAUAGACGAUUCCUUAGGAGGCCCAAUGAAAGUCCCUAUUUUGAUUAUUCCUAAAAGUGGGGUGCAGUUACCAUGUGAAAGCUCCUUGCAUGUUGGGUAUGACAAUCUGCAAAACACAUUAAGUACUAAGUCUGAUGACUCUCACACAGUUAAGCAGCGACUUGCACUAAGACUGUCUGAGAAAAAAGGGCAAGAUUCUGAGCAGUCAUUAAAUCUCCUGAGUCCACAUAGCAAAGGAAGCACUGAUUCUGGUUAUUUUUCACGCUCAGAAAGUGCAGAGCAACAAAUAAGCCCACCGAAUACAAAUGCAAAGUCUUACGAAGAAAUAAUCUUUGGGAAAUUCUAUAGGAUUAAUCAAAGGACUGCACAACCGUUAGCGACAGCCAAUCAGGAUCGUAGCUCAAUGGGUAGAAAAGGCAUGGCAGAGCCACUACCUCUUGUUAAUCCUAGGUUAGACAUGAAGAUGCUUGAAGAACGAAUGUUUCCAAAUAAAGAAGCACUAAUUGAUCCUAGUAAAAUGAGCACUAUGAAAAGUAGCCAAGUUUUUAAUGAUAGCAGUACAGAAUCUAAACAGUCUCAGAUUGCCACAUCAUCCAUCAAAAGUGAAUCAAGCCUUUAUCCAGGAAAUCGCCCUAGUGAUACCUCUCUCCUCCUAGAACCUGCAGCAGAUACAAACCCGCUUAUUAGAAGCAACUCCAUGCCAACAUCAUCUGCAACCAAUCUGAAUGUCCCUUCAGCUUUAAGAGGAAGCCAUUCAUUUGAUGAGAGGAUGACUGGUUCAGAUGAUGUGUUUUAUCCUGGGACAAUAGGAACACCCCAUCAGCGCAUGUUAAUAAGACAAGCUGCCUUUGAGCUACCCUCGCUGCAGGAAGGGCAUUCAGAUUCAGAGUACUAUGGGAGAAUAGCAAAGAACAUGAUGGUUGCUUCCAACAGAUCAACUCUAGGAGAAAAAGGGUCAGGCAUGAGAGAGAAGAAGUUGCUAGCAGGGGAGAGACCCUUUUAUGAGGGUGACUCCUCUGGAAAGCAUUACAGAAAAUGGGAAGAUUAUGGGACUCUGAAGCAAUGCUACAGAGAUGCACCAGCUUUGAGUGGGUCAAAACAAGGGGGAGAAUUUUAUACUGAAUCAUCGACACAGUUGCAGGUGGUGUCCUCUAUGUAUGGCAUUACAUUUGAAAACAGAAAGCGUAGAAUACAGAAGAGUGUUGGAGAUGAGGAAGACACGCCAUCUCUGUGCAGUGGUGCUACCGGCAGCCCCAUGAUAGGUGAGUUUGAUCCAAAGUCACAAAUACAGGAAGGAUCAAGGACCGGAUAUGCCCUUCAGAGUCACGACAGUUCAGUUCAUUCUCAUCCAGAGCGCUUUGAAAUCUGCAGACCCUAUCUGCAGUCGGGCAGCCCAGCCACUAGUUUAGAAGAGUGCUCCUUGACAGCCGAUCAAGAAAAGGCUGCAGAGUCUCUAAGUAGAAAAGGCAAUGUAAUCUCGGUCAUUCAGCACACAAAUUCAUUAAGCCGGCCAAACUCAUUUGAAAGGUCUGAAUCUACUGAGCUUGUUGCUUGCCAGCAAGAUAAAAUGUAUUCAUCGUCUGAGACUUGUGAAAGUGAGAUUGCAGAGUCCCCGAUGAGCCCAGAUAGGGUUCAGCAGACGGAAAAUGCUGACAGUGUUUGCAAACAGCCUUCUUCGUCCCAACAUUCUCAGUCAUAUCACAUGCAGCCCAGGCUUGUUCGCCAGCAUAAUAUACAGGUGCCUGAAAUCCGUGUCACGGAGGAGCCAGAUAAACCUGAAAGAGAGAAAGAAGCCCCGGCAAAAGAGCCAGAGAAGCCUGCUGAAGAAUUCCAGUGGCCGCAGAGAAGUGAAACCCUUUCUCAGCUCCCAGCUGAAAAGCUACCGCCAAAGAAAAAGCGCUUGCGGCUUGCCGACUUGGAGCACUCCUCUGGAGAGUCUAGCUUUGAGUCCACAGGGACGAGCCUUUCUCGCAGCCCUAGCCAAGAGAGCAAUUUGUCCCAUAGUUCCAGUUUUUCAAUGUCCUUCGAAAGGGAGGACAGUAUAAAGUUCAUGACAUCGACCAGACAGGAUGAGUUUGGUAAACAGUCUGAGUUUUUAACUGUCCCAGCUGGUGCUUAUUCGCUUUCCAUCCCGGGACAUCACCAACAGAAAGAAAUGAGGCGCUGCUCCUCUGAACAGAUGCCAUGUCCUCACCCUGCUGAAAUCCCUGAGAUCCGAAGUAAAUCAUUUGAUUACGGGAAUCUGUCUCAUGCUUCUGCAACAGGAGUGCCUCCUACCUCUUUAUCUCCAGCAAGAGAAAGGAAGAAAUGUUUUUUGGUUCGCCAGGCCUCUUUCAGUGGUUCCCCUGAUCUUUCCCAGGCUGAUUCAAGCAUGGAACAAAAUAUCAAGCAAGAGCAAACAGAGCAUGGACACACCAGUCUUCGGUCUUCCCAAGUUGCUUGGCCUCAUUCCCCCUCUUCUGUUCAGUCAGAUGACUCUGGGAAACAGUCCACUGCCUCUUGCACUAGCUUAUCUCCACUUUCACAUCCCUCAGUCCCACAAGCACCUUAUAUUCCAAGCAAAUACUCAACAGAACAGCAGCAUCUAUUUGCACUGCAAGAAAAAGUUCCCUUUCUCCCCUUCCACAACACUUUGUUGCCGUUUCCAUAUCCAUCUGUCUGCAUGGUUCACUUGCCGUCUCAGCCCCUGUGGCCUCCAGAACUUUCACAGACCCACUUUCAGCAUCAUUUUGUACAGCAGCUUCAAAAAUCUUACUCCAAGCCACCCUUCCCAACAGAGAGUCACCCGGGUUACCAUGUGGAAUAUGCUCAGGAGCAUAUUCGAAAGAAAACUGCUGAUUAUGUACAUACUAAAGAGCAAACUUACCAGCGUUACUCAGGAACAUCAGGACAGUAUUCUAAAAAUGCACUUCCAACAUACCAGCCCGAUUGUAGCAUUAAAUCAACAGAUACCUCUUCUGAGCAACAGCUACAGGUGGAUUUUGAAACUCAGAAUAUUGGGCCUGUUCAAUCAUUACCAGGCACAGUUGUUCCUGUCAGGAUCCAGACCCACGUGCCAUCCUAUGGUAGUGUAAUGUACACAAGCAUUUCCCAGGUUCUUGCUCAAAGCAGCAGCCCUGCCAUUGUCAUUUGCAAAGUAGAUGAGACUCUUUCUCAAAGAACGUUAGCAACGAGUGCAGCCAUGCAUGGGAUAGGACUUAACAUAGUGCAGAUGUUAGGCCAACAUGGAGGGUUGGAAAAAUGUUCCUUGUGGAAAGCACCACAGACCUUGUCACUUAACUUAGAUUCCUCUAUCCCAUUGUGCUUGACCUCCAGUUCAGACAGUGCCUCUACUCUAGGUGGAAACAAGCGAAUGCUUUCACCAGCAAGCAGCUUGGAACUCUUUAUGGAGACCAAACAACAAAAGAGAGUUAAGGAUGAAAAAAUGUAUGGGCAGAUUGUUGAGGAGCUAAGUGCUGUAGAACUCACCAGUUCAGACAUAAAGAAAAGCUUUCCCAGACCACAAAAGCCUCAGCUGGUUAGGCAGAGCUGUACUACUGAGCCAAAAGAAAGUGUACCGUCCACUUUGUCCUCUUCUCCAUUACUGUCUUCAUCAUCUCAAGAUUUGCCCACUACCAAUAUGCCUCCCAUAGAACUUUCUGCGUUGAGCAGGGAAAAGCUUCCCAGUUUUGACUCUGCUUCACCAGGGCAAAAAUCUAGUGGCACUUCUGAAGGUAGAGAGUCCCCAGAAGAACUGGAUGUAGAUGAAUCAGCAUCAGAUAUGAGUCUUAGCCCACAGAGGUCCUCGUUGCCAUCAGGGGAAAGCCAGAUAGAAGACCAGUCGAAGCAACAGAAAUUGCCCUUUGGCAUGUUGGUACAAAUGGCAACCCAACCAAGCAGGAAAGCGGUGACUUCAACAAUUCUCCUGACGGAUCUUGCUGACUUCCAACAAAUUCUACAGUUCCCUAGUUUGCGCACCACCACAACUGUGAGCUGGUGUUUCUUAAACUAUACAAAACCCAGCUUUGUUCAACAAGCAACCCUGAAAUCGUCUGUUUAUGCUUCAUGGUGCAUUAGUUCUUGUAACCCAAAUCCAUCAGGACUGAGUACAAAGAUUACCCUUGCACUCCUACGCUCCAAGCAGAAAAACAGCACAGAAAUCUAUACACUGGCUCCAAUGCAUAGGCCUGGAACAGGGAAAUUGACGUCAUCAAGUGCAUGGAAACAGUUUGCUCAGAUGAAACAGGAACCAUUCUUUGUAUUUGGCAGCAAGUUUGAAAAGAAAGUAGUGGGGAAUGUUAUCAAAGAAAGAAUUAAAGGAGACAGCCAUGGUGAUAAAGAGAUUGUAUCCAAACAAACUGAGCCAAUGCGAAUUAAGAUUUUUGAAGGAGGGUAUAAAUCCAAUGAGGAUUAUGUAUAUGUCCGAGGACGCGGACGUGGAAAGUACAUUUGUGAAGAAUGUGGGAUUCGUUGCAAGAAGCCAAGCAUGCUCAAAAAACAUAUCCGCACUCAUACUGAUGUACGGCCUUAUGUAUGCAAGUUGUGUAAUUUUGCCUUCAAAACAAAAGGAAAUCUGACAAAACAUAUGAAGUCUAAAGCACACAUGAAGAAAUGCCUAGAGCUGGGGGUAUCUAUGACCUCUGUGGAUGAUGCUGAAACGGAAGAAGCAGAAAAUAUGGAAGAUACGCAUCAUGAAGCCGAGAAAAGCAAUGUGACUGGUUCAUCAACUGAUCACCAGUUCUCUGAUGCUGAGGAAUCAGAUGGAGAGGAUGGAGAAGACAAUGACGACGACGAUGAAGAUGAGGACGAUUUUGAUGACACACCUGGAGAUUCAACACCCAAAACAAGAUCCCGAAGCACUAGCCCCCAACCCCCCCGAUUCUCGUUAUCUGUGAAUGCUGCUACUGCAUCCUAUGGAGGUUCUCCUGACUGUUCGGUAGGACAUUCAUCCUUGAUAAGUUAUUUAGUCACUUUACCAAGUAUUCAGGUUACUCAUCUCCUAACACCAGGUGACUCUUGUGAUGAUUCACAGAUGACAGAAUACCAGAGGUUUUUCCAGAACAAAAGUACAGAUUCAGAACCGGACAAAGAUAGACUUGAUAUACCUUGCUGCAUGGAUGAAGACUAUAUGGUUUCUUUGGAGUCCAACUCAUCUCCCAGAGACUUUUCAUCUUCCAGCCGGCAGUCCUCACCUGGGUAUGAUUCUUCACCAUACAGAGAUAAUUCACCAAAGAGGUAUUUGAUGCCCAAAGGAGAUUUGUCACCAAGGAGGCAUUUAUCACCAAGGAGAGAGAUUUCACCCAUUAGACACCUUUCACCAAGGAAGGAAGCUGUACUAAGGAGAGAGUUGUCACCACGGAGAGAUGUGUCACCAAGACGCCAUUUAUCACCAAGGAGACCAAUGUCACCUGGGAAAGACACAUCCUCCCGAAGAGAUCUGUCUCCACGAAGAGAGAGAAGGUAUAUGGCCUCAGUUAGAGCAACAUCACCCCGAAGAGGUUUGUACCAUAACCCAGCAUUGCCUAUGGGACAGUAUUUGCAGCCUGAGUCAGUUCCAUUGGGACAGUCGAGUUUAAGACCAGGAUUGUUCCAGGGACCUUAUUUCAAUAUUUCUGGGGAGAAAGGACUUCUGGAGCAUCAUGGAUCCAACCUGUUUCCUGAGGGUCCUAUUGACUAUGUCUUUAGUCACCUUCCACUACACUCCCAGCAGCAACUUCGUGCACCCAUCCCAAUGAUGCCUAUUGGGGGCAUCCAAAUGGUCCAUUCAAUACCUGCAGCCCUUUCAGGUUUACAUCCUCCGUCCAUCUUGUCCCUCCCAAAAGAGAGCUCCAGUGACAAGAAAAGGGCAGCUUCAGAAACCAUUUCUACAGAAUCAUGUAUUGUUUCAAAGCACCAUGAGAAGCGUACCUGCCCUCACACUCUGCAUGCCGUGGUUCAGGGCACUGCAUCACCUUCUCCAUUGCUAUUGAUGAAAACAAGCACUUCAGAAGAAGGUGUCGUUGAGAGGGAGCAGGAGGAAAACAUUCAGACUUGUACAAAAGCCAUAGCCUCUCUCCGAAUUGCAACCGAGGAAGUUCCACAUGGGACAGAGCAGUUGCAGAGGGAUUCUGAGCCUCCACAGAAACCCUCAGAAAGUGCACAUUUUAGCAUUAAACACUUUAGUGGCUCUGAGCCAGGCCAGAUCUGUGCUUCGGCCACCACCCCUGACUUGCACAGUGGCGAAAAGGACCUUUUUGGUACAUCACAGACUGCAUUAUCUCAUUCCACCUUUUACAGCAAAAGCAGUGUGGAUGUCAGACAGUUAGGCUAUCUUAGUAAGAAAGAUUCCCCGUCAAGCACACCGGAAAGAAAAGACCCACCCUGUGAAAAAAACAAACUGCAGUGAUCUGAAAUGUGUGAAAACUUCAAUACAUGUGUUUACUCCUACCCCCCUUCCCCCCCCCCAGUGACAGAAGGAAGUAUUCCUCUUUAUAGCAUGCCGGUUCUAAGUUACAGUAGUUUGCUAUUAUAUAUACUUUUGUUAUAUCAAAAGAAUUGAGUAAAACUACAAGUCAUCAUGAGCCUGACCAAAAUAAAAUUUCAAAAUUCUUAUUGGGUCUGGUACUUUUAACCUGUACAGAUGUUUGUGCCUUUUCUUUACUUUUGCUUAUAUUCUUAUAAGCAUUUUUUUAGCAGUAAUUUGUACAUAUUUUAGAAUUUGUGUAUCUGCUUUGUAAUAAAUGUAAUUUCUUUCCUUUUUUGGACACUUUGACCUAAACGAUGUAAAGCAAAAAACAAAAAAAGCAUCAAUAUAUAUGUGAGGUUGCACUAAAAUAUUUUUAUAUGAUUAAAAUUGAACAGCUUUUAUGUACAGCUCUGAUUCUGUAAUACUAAUAUUUAUUUACUUUGUUUCAUAAAUUGUACAUUUUUUCUUAAUGUUGCAGAUUGCUUUUCUAUGUGAAGCAUGGGAUUUACUGUUGCAUUAUUAGAACAAAAAUGUGUAUUGUAAACAAGAUAUUUAAACUAGAGUAUCUUAUUCUGCACUUAUGCAUUAGUUAAAAAAAAAGAUAAAAGGAUGUAUCAGUCCGUUCUUAACUCUUGUAAUUUUUUGUCUCUUGUUUGCUGGAUCAACUAUAACUUAAAGUGCUGAUUGUGGUUUUAAAAAGAUAGUACCGUAAAGCAUUAAAGUAAAACCAUGUGCUAUUGUGAGUUUUUUCAAAGCUUUAUAAAACAGUUAUAAAUAUAUUAAAAGUAUUUGGUCUUAUGUGAACAUGUUGCUCUAUAUGGUCCUUUAAAAAAUAUGGGAAAACAUUCCACCCCAUGUAAAUAUAUACGAAUAAAAAAACCCUGGUGCAAUUUCAUGUAGAUUGUUUGGACACUUAGAGGCCUCACCCUGCUUCAAGUGAAGUCAGUGGAUAUGGUGAACUCGAAUGGAAGUAGGAUCAGGCAAUAUACGUCACCACAUAUCUUUAUCAAAGUGUCUUUAAAAAAAAGAAUUCUGGUUCCCUUGGCUUUGACGGUAGAGAAAUCAGGUUUUCAGCUCAGGUGAGAAAGAAUGUUUGACUGUAUAGAUCUUUGUUAUCGGCUGGGCUGGUAGGUUGGCAGUCAGUGCUGGGCGCUGCAUGCAGUAGACAGAGCCAUGGAAAUGACCUGGGGGUCUCCAUACUAGUUGUUAAGAAGGAGCCUAAUCAUAUUGCCAAGUUAUCUCACUUGUGUAGGGCUUUAGGGUGGGUUAGGGGAAGGGAAUAUUAGAUGAAUACUUGCUCACAACCAUCUCUGGACACCAAGACAACUGAUAGGCAAUUUGCUCCUGGAAGAAAAUGUGUCAUAUCUACGUGUGCAUCUAAGGGGAAAGGUCAGAAGGUAAUUAUAUCCUUCAAGUUUAGGGCAUUUAUAGCACUCAAUUGUCUUGGGAGAAGACUGGGAGGAACCAUUGCUUAUUUGUUUGAAGGUAUGAUGGAUCCCCCCAGAUAUACACACAUACACCCAAGACAACAAAAGAUCUGGAUUAUUUUCUGUGCUAUUUAGUGGAUUAUAAUUCUGUGAAAACACAUUUGUAUAUUGAAUUGCAAUACAUUUAAGGAGUGUUCUUUAAAAAAAGAAAUAAAUAUACAGUUACGUUA